AUGGCCCGCCCUCGCGUGCGCCUGGUGGUCACCGCGGACGACUUUGGUUACUGCCCGCGACGCGAUGAUGGCAUCGUGGAGGCCUUUCUGGCCGGGGCGGUGACCAGUGUGUCCUUGCUGGUCAACGGCGCGGCCACGGAGAGCGCGGCGGAGCUGGCCCGCAGGCACAGCAUCCCCACCGGCCUCCACGCCAACCUGUCCGAGGGCCGCCCCGUGGGCCCAGCUCGCCGUGGCGCCUCGUCGCUGAUAGGCCCGGAAGGCUUCUUCCUUGGCAAGAUGGGAUUCCGAGAGGCGGUGGCGGCCGGUGACGUGGCUUUGCCCCAGGUGCGGGAAGAGCUGGAGGCCCAACUAAGCUGCUUCCGGGAGCUGCUGGGCAGGGCCCCCACGCACGUGGACGGUCACCAGCACGUGCAUGUGCUCCCAGGCGUGUGCCAGGUGUUCGCCGAGGCGCUGCAGGCCUAUGGGGUGCGCUUUACGCGGCUGCCGCUGGAGCGCGGUGUGGGCUGCUGCACUUGGCUGGAGGCCCCAGCACGCGCUUUCGCCUGCGCUGUGGAGCGCGACGCCUGGGCCGCCGUGGGCCCCUUCUCCCGCCACGGCCUGCGGUGGACAGACGCUUUCGUGGGCCUGAGCACUUGCGGACGGCACAUGUCCGCUAACCGCGUGUCCGGGGCACUGGCACGGGCCCUUGAAGGUACCCUAGCGGGCCACACUCUGACAGCCGAGCUGAUGGUGCAUCCUGGCUACCCCAGUGUGCCUCCCACCGGGGGCUGCGGUGAAGGCCCCGAUGCUUUCUCUUGUUCUUGGGAACGGCUGCAUGAGCUACGUGUCCUCACUGCGCCCAUGCUGCGGGCCCGGCUUGCCCAGGAUGGCGUGCAGCUCUGCGCCCUCGACGACCUGGACUCCAAGAGGCCAGGGGAGGAGGUCCCCUGUGAGGCCACUCUGGAACCCUUCCUGGAGCCCUCCUUACCCUGACCCCUACACACACUAAUCCCCUUAGUACCAAACAAGGGAGCCCAGGUUUAGUCCUGGCCCAGCCCAGAACCAGGAGCAGGGUGUGAUUUCCCUGGGUAGGACACUGCCACCUAUGGGCCCACGUCUUUAUGGCUCCAAAUGGCAUCCAGAGUUUUGAGCAGCCUUCCUGGCUGCAGGCUGGCCGGCCUCUAGCAGUGGGUUAGGGCCUGCAGGGCAUUUGGAGCCCCUACAUGUUGCAAAGCAAACACCUUCCCUACUGAGGCAGUGGGGAGAGAUGCCUAUAUUAAUAAAAUGUGUCUUUCAAA